GACAAGCAGGACUAAACACAGGUCAAUGUGGAAUGCAAAUUGCGGGGUGGAGAGUGAGGACGUUGUCGAUGGCUCCUGAUGCUUGCCAUCUUCUGAGGAAUUCGGCCGAAACAUGGGCUGAGGAGCCGCUUUAGUACGCUCAUCCUGUCUUCCUACUGGAGUUGCCUGAGGUACUGCUCGUGGCCGAUCUGAUGCAGAAGCUCAGUACGGCGCGAGCGUGGCCACGCUCAGAUGCGCGGCCCGGCGCAAGUAGACUAAACUUCCAGCGCGCCCUCCACAGUGACGAUUCUACAGUACAAACCACCAUGAGUCUGUCUUCGCUGGCCGGCACGACGUGGCAGUUGGCCGCUUUCAGCGUCAUCAACCGGGCAAGCGGCGAGGCGCAGCACGAUGUCCUGGGCCCGCACGGCCAUGGCCAGAUUCUCUACAGCGCCGAUGGCUACAUGUCGGCGCAGCUGCUCGAGGGCCAUCCACUGUCGGCCCACGUGCUGGCCGACGGCACCGACCCGACGCGGCCAGGCCUCCGCGCCAUCACGUCCUACGCGGGGCCCUACUCCUACGAGGACGGCGCCGGGGGCGCAGAGCCCAUUACUGUCUACUACCGUGGCGAAAAGCACGCAGUCGACGUGGCGGGCACCGUGCACCACGACGUGCGCGUCUGCAUCGACGCAAACUGGGAGGGCACGCGGCAGACGCGCAACGUCGGCUUCCUCACCAUCGACGGCGAGCCCUUUGUUGCGCUGCGCCCGCCCGAGCCAUGGAAGGUCGGCAACGACGAGGUGUACCUGACGCUUCUCUGGAAGAGGGCGCCCAAGAAUGCCUGAUCGCUUUCAGAACGCCUGAUCGCUUCUGGAAUGCCUGACUGCUUCUCUCAUGUGCCUCAAGAAUGCCUGC